AGUCGGGACGUUAAUAACCCGAGGUACGCCACCCGUGGAGAUUGGUGGCUUGGAUCACUAUACUAUUGAUGCCACUAAUAUGGAUGCACAACACAAACAUGGAGCUAGCUAGGGAGGCCUUCAUCAAUAAGGAGAAUAUUAUUAACAUAUAUAUACUCCCAGCCAGCAGCAAAGUGUUGUCUUAAUUAACGACUGAAAAAAGCAUAUAAAAUGAAGCCCACAUAAACGAAGAGUCCAAAGGGAACCAGGAGAAAGAGAGGGACGACGGCUUCAUAGCUAUGGCGGCUCCCACAGGCUAGGGUUCCCAGUUUGAUCUGAACCAGAUACAUCAAUGCAAGCAUCAAACACACGCAUCCGGACACCGAACCCGCGGCGCAAACCACGUACCCGACCCGGACGGCAGUCCUGUUCACGCGCGCCAAAUCCACGGAGAAGACGGAGUGGUGGUUGCCGGAUCUGGGCCAUCGGAGGGCCUGCUUGAGGCAGAGGGAGACGAGGCUGGAGAAGAGGAAGGAGGCGAAGGAGAUGACGUGGAACGACACCAUGUUCUCCGCGAUUUUCGGCCCGGCCUGGCAAUUCGGGUCGUCGGUGAGCCGGUUGUUCGGAUCUCGGGGGUUCCAGGCCAGCCCGACGAACACGGCGAAUGUGAACAGGGAGUUGACGUGUAUUAUUCCGUCCAGCGCCGUUAUGUGGAUUGGGCUGCCUACCUCCGAGUCGGAAUCGCCGGGCAUUUUCGAGCGGCGGCGGCGGCGGAGGAGGAUGAGAACCGGCCAGAUCUGUGAGGAAUGCUGCAAAUACAUCAAUAUCCAUAAAAUGAGCAUAGACUUUAGGUCUACGGAAAAAAUUGCCUUCUUGAGUCCAUGCAACUAAAACCUAAGUGUGUCACUAGAUGACAUCACCUCCGAGGUGUUUGGGCUAGGAUGUGGGAGGGGCUCAGGUCCUUUCCGAG